AUGAAGAUUUCACUUACAACAGUUUUUGUCUCUUUAUUGUCGCUGGCUGUCAACGCUCAAAAUGUUGUCAAUGUGGAUGUACCCAAGGUCAAUGAAAUGAUCUAUAACAAGGGGCUCUUGAACAUUACAUAUUCCAUCAUUGGCACACAGACAACAAAUCCUCCCCUGAACAACUACUAUCCAAACUCUCUCAAUGUCGACUUUGUGUGGACUGAACAUGCCAACACCGCCAAUACGCUCUCAUUACAAGUUUCAACAGGACUCAACACAAAUCCUUACCCAGGAGGCACUCAGAAUAUCCAGCGCAAAGACACCUUCAGAGUUCCCAACUGUCACUUCUUUUCCAGGUAUCCACCCUCCACAUUCGACUUUUCGCUGGUAUUUACACCCAUCUACAACACAAUCACUCGAACCAAUGGAUCCAUUGUUGAGCCUACUGGUACACCACAAGACAAAAUAAUCGUACCUCUGGCCGUUACAGUCGACAACUCGACCUUUCCAAAGUGUUGA